CCUUCUGCCCCUCAUUUUACCCUGCUCACAGUCAUAUAAUAUCUCAUACAAUGGCGUAUAUAAAUAGCUGAUAAUACUAAUUGCUACGAGUUUACCGGCAAAAAUACGCGAUUAAGAUCUGUCCAUGGCCAACGGAGAGCCCCGGUCUUUGGAGUACACACCAACAUGGGUUGUGACCGUCGUCUGCUUUAUUAUUGUUCUCAUAUCUUUCGGGGCUGAGCGUGGUCUUCGUAUACUCGGAAAGUUUUUCAAGCACAAGGAGCAAGAGUCAUUGUUUGAGGCCUUACAGGAGGUCAAGGGAGAAUUGAUGCUUCUGGGGUUUAUUUCCUUACUCUUGACGGUGUUUCAAGGUCCAAUAAGCCGUAUAUGCAUUCCUCCUCAUGCUGCAAACAUCAUGCUCCCAUGCAAGCUUAAAACUGAGGCUUCCUCUGGUGGUUCUGAGCAUCUUGACGUCGUAAAACAUGGGAGGAGGCUUUUGGCAGAAGAUGUGAGCUUGGAAACUUGUGCACGUCAGGGAAAACUCCCACUGUUGUCACUGGAAGCAUUGCAUCAGCUGCACAUUUUCAUAUUUGUGUUGGCUGUGGUUCAUGUGAUCUUCUGUGCCACCAUCGUGCUUCUAGGAAGAGCAAAGGUAAAGCAGUGGAAGCCCUGGGAGAAUUCAAUUAGAAGCGAGAUGCAAAAACCACAUGAUAGAGCUUAUGAAAUUUUUGUCCACCGAAUAUUCGAGGAGAGGGCAGGGAGACAAUGGGAAAAGUUUACUGUUGUGAGUUGGAUGGCAUCGUUCUUCAGACAGUUUCAUGGCUCAGUGACCAAGUCAGACUACACUGUCUUGCGAGCAGGAUUUAUACGGGCUCAUUGUCCCUCCGCGCCUGAAUUCAAUUUUCACCGUUAUAUGUUGCGGACCCUCGAACAUGACUUCAAGAAAAUAGUUGGCAUAAGCUGGUACUUGUGGGUCUUUGUAAUGGUCUUUUUGUUGAUGGAUUUGGCAGGGUGGCACUCGUACUUCUGGCUAUCAUUCUUGCCUUUAGUACUAUUACUUCUUGUGGGUGCUGAAUUAGAGCACAUAAUUACUGAAUUAGCUAAGGGGGUUGCAGAACAAAGGAAUGGAGAAGCUGAUGCUGCACCGGUGAAGCCUUCUGAUGAACUUUUUUGGUUUCAUAGCCCAAAUCUUUUCCUAUACUUGAUUCACUUCAUAUUGUUUCAAAAUUCAUUCGAGAUUGCUUUUCUUUUUUGGGUUUGGACCACUUACGGGUUCAAAUCAUGCAUUAUGGAAGAAUUGGGAUUUAUUAUCCCAAGACUCACAAUAGGGAUACUUGUCCAAGUUCUUUGCAGUUACAGUACCUUACCUUUAUAUGCUUUAGUCACACAGAUGGGUAGCAUGUUUAAGCAAACCAUGUUCGAUGAAUACAUGCGCGAGCUCAUUUUGAAAUGGGCAAGGAGGACACCUAGUUCUGCCGCCGGUGAACGUCACAGGUUGGCUAGCCAAUCCACGGAGAGCAUUCAUGCUUCUGAGCAUCCAACUCUUGAUGAUGCUAUUGCAACAUCAGUAAUUGAGCUUAAUCAUCACAACGAAUCUCAAACACCAUUUUCAUGAUGAUCUUUUCAUUCGAGGAGGAUGUAUGUACUAUCGUGUAUCCAAUUCAUGAAUGAGCAGAUAACUAAAGUUUCUUCUUCUUCUUUU